CAGAGGAAGUGCGAGCGUCACUAGGGCGGGGGAAGGGUCAGUCAGUGGAGCGCGAGCAGUCGGGACCGGCGGCCGUUACUGGGGCAACAGCGGUGCGGGGAAGCGGCUGGAGUCGGAGGGUGGGAGCGGCGGAGCCAAUGCCUGACUCGGACACGGCGGAGAGGAUGCUCGGCUGUUUGAGGCAGGAGACGCUGGUGUUGGCCCGGGAUUACCUGCAGCACUCUCUCAGCCCGAGCCGGGAGCAGAGGCCGCCCAACAAGACGGCUUUCACCCUGCGCAAGGUCGCCGACCAGAUGGUGGAGCAGCACCAGACUGCCUUCAGCAACAUGAAGAGCCGCUUGGAGAACGGCCUGCAGGUCUGCGCCAGUUCGCGGAGCGGGGCGGCCGGGCCCGUGGGAGAGUCGGUGGUGGCGGCCGAGAAGGAUACUGCGGCUGCGGCGGCCAACUUCCUGCGCCGGGUGGUGGAGGAGAUGUCGGCCGACGAGAAGAUGAACUGGGGCCGGGUGGUGAGCAUCUUCGCCUUCGCCGGCGUGCUGUGCCGCCACCUCAGGGACUCGGGCGUCGUCAUGUGCCCCGAGGCUGGGCCGGGCCCACUGGACACGCUGGCGGAGAGUGUGGCCAACUACCUGGGCAAGGAGAGGCGAGAAUGGAUCGAGCAGAACGGAGGCUGGGAUGGAUUUCUCAGAUUCUUCAGCAGGGAUGAGCACUGGCAAGAAUCAACAGUGCGGAAUAUGUUGAUAACGGUUGCUGGCUUUGGAAUAGCUGGGUUAGCUUGCCUCCUUGCUGUCCGAUAGACUGCCUCUAACCAAAUGAACAGCUGCUAACAUCCUGGAAGAUACAAAUUUCUCAUGCACAAUGUUUUCCAAUUUGAUAUCUCCACUUUUAUGAUAUAUUUGGAUGUUGCCAUCGUAUGGAACAGAGCAGCAAAACAACAUGGAGAUCUCGAACUUUUGUCUGCAGUUUGCUAAUGUUAAGUUUGUUUAAUGUACACAAACUUUUAAAUUAAUAUACUGCCUACAAUACAAUGAAGUUUCCUUUUAAUGUUUUCAAAAGACAUUGUAAUAAGAAUUAGGUUUGAAUAGUAGGAGGUUUGAUGGAUAGUAGGUUAGUGUGCAGACAAUGAGGGAAAGAAUUGCAAAACUUGUAUCCCCAUUCACACACAAAUUGCACUAACCAUUGGAGUAAGUGGCAAAAUAAUGUAUAACCAAUUCUUUUGGAUGCUUUUGUUUCAUGGCAGUCUGUGCAUGUAUGUGUUGUAGUCAAAGGCCAUCUUAUGUGCCCUGAUCUGAAUUAAACUUAACAAUUUACAAUUUGUUUAA